CCGCUAGCUUUCAUUACUCCCUCCGUCUCCUCUCUGUCGACAGCAGAUCAGAUCCUCCUCCAGCCUCUUUAAGCUGCUCUCACCGCCUCACUAAACACAUUUAGGGGGUUCGGUCUCAAGCUGUCCGGCCUCACACACCCCUUCACCAUUUACCUGGUGUGUUUCGGAGGAUAUUUGUCUCUUUGGGAACAUUAACACAGACAGACGGAGGAUCUGUGUUUAAACGUUACUUCUUCUGGUGGGCGGAUAAAGCGGAGGAGGGCAUCCGGGCCUCGCUGCUCCGGAGACUCGGCUCGAAAACCACGGAUUUCAACAUUUUCAGGCUGCACACUGCCCCGCUAUGGAGAAGAUGAAGAGGAUUAAGAAGCGCCUGUCGUUAACGCUCCGCUCCAGUCAGACCAUCGACGAGUCUCUGUCCGAGCUGGCCGAGCAGAUGACCAUCGAGGACGGUGGCACCAAGGACAAUGAGCCCUUCAUGAGGAACGGCCGCCCCCCCACCUCCCACAGCAUGCACUCCUUCCUGCACCAGUACACCGGCCCCUUCAAGAAGCCUCCGCUCCGCCGGCCGCACAGCGUCAUCGGCGGCACCCUGGGGUCCUUCAUGGCAAUGCCACGCAACGGCAGUCGUCUUGAUAUUGUGCACGAGAACCUGAAGAUGGGCUCAGAUGGGGAGAGCGACCAGGCGUCGGGAACGUCUUCAGACGAGGUGCAAUCUCCAACCGGCGUCUGUCUGAGGAACCGCAUCCACCGGCGGAUCUCCAUGGAGGACCUCAACAAGCGCCUGUCGCUGCCCGCUGACAUCCGAAUUCCCGACGGUUACCUGGAGAAGAUGCAGCUCAGCAGCCCGACCUUCGACCAGCCGCUCAGCCGGCGCUCCCGCAGAGCCUCGCUGUCGGAGAUUGGUUUUGGCAAGUUGGAGACGUACAUUAAGCUGGACAAACUGGGAGAGGGAACCUACGCCACAGUAUUUAAAGGACGCAGUAAGCUGACGGACAACCUGGUGGCACUGAAGGAGAUCCGGCUGGAGCAUGAGGAAGGAGCGCCAUGCACCGCCAUCAGAGAAGUUUCGUUACUGAAGGACCUCAAACACGCCAACAUCGUGACGCUUCACGACAUCGUCCACACCGAGAAGAGCCUCACGCUCGUCUUCGAGUACCUGGAUAAGGACCUGAAGCAGUACAUGGAUGACUGUGGAAACAUAAUGAGCAUGCACAAUGUGAAGGUCUUCCUGUUCCAGAUUUUGCGAGGGCUGUCGUAUUGUCACAAGAGGAAAGUUCUCCACAGGGACCUGAAGCCCCAGAACCUCCUUAUAAAUGAGAAAGGAGAACUCAAACUGGCUGAUUUCGGUCUGGCGAGGGCCAAAUCUGUCCCGACUAAAACCUACUCAAACGAGGUGGUGACUCUUUGGUACCGGCCUCCUGAUGUUCUACUGGGAUCCUCUGAGUAUUCGACACAGAUUGACAUGUGGGGUGUUGGUUGUAUAUUCUACGAGAUGGCUGCAGGUCGGCCGCUGUUCCCCGGCUCCACCGUGGAGGACGAGCUCCACCUCAUCUUCAGGUUACUGGGUACUCCCACAGAAGAUAACUGGCCGGGAAUCACCUCCAUCGAAGAGUUUAAAUCCUACAACUUCCCCAAAUACAAACCACAGCCGCUGAUCAACCACGCUCCCAGGCUGGACGGCGAAGGCAUCGAGCUGCUGCUGGCUUUCCUCAGAUACGAAUCUAAGAAGAGGAUUUCAGCUGAAGAGGCGAUGAAGCAUUCCCACUUCAGGCAGCUCGGCAUGAGAGUUCACGCCCUGCCUGAGAUUGUAUCAAUAUUCACAUUAAAAGAAGUGCAGCUGCAGAGGGACCCUGGCUACAGGAACUCCUCGUACCCAGAGUCAGGUAACGGCAAGAUCAACAGGAGGCAGAGCAUGCUCUUCUAAUAUCUGAUGAAGAGGAUGGUCGACCCGCCCAGCUCCAUCAUCACUUCCCACCAACCUCUCGCAUGAGCCCACCUCCCCCUCGGAGUGACGCCCCCCCCCCCCCCCCCCCCCCCCCCCCUCGUACCUGCACACGCACACACAAACACGCACACGCACCCCUCUGAGCGAGUGACUCUGGGUUGAAUCUAUUUGGAGACUGUGUUUAUUUAUUGGGGCGGGGGGGGUUGAGGUUGAAUUUUUUGCUGCUAAACUACUACUGUCUGUAUUUAACACACCGUGUGUGCGCGUGUGCAUGUGUGUGUGUGUGUGUGUGUGUGUGUACAUGUGUACAUGAUGUGAACUCGAGACGCCAUGCACAGUCGAGCAGUCAGAACGGUUACUAUUGUUUUUUUUGUUCUUCUGACUACGAUUCUCCGGCUUCGUUUGAGUUAGAAUUCCACUGAUGUUGAUGUCGACGCUGUGAUCCAAGUUGUUGUUCUUGUUGUCGUGCUCGCAGAACGAACGAUUUCAGUUCCUUCAGAAUAUUUUUUUCUUUUUUUUAUAAAUAUGUAUAUCUAUAUAUAUAUAUAUAUAUUUGGAGUUUAUGUUUUUGUUUUUCAUCGAGCUUCCGUGACUGAACUCUACGACAUUUCCAGGUUUAGAAAGACUGGGACGCUAGGGGGGCAAAAAAAAAAACGGUUCCUCUGGAUUCCUCGUCGUCAUUUUUCCAAAACAUUUCAGUCGACUCUUCUUGUAGAGGCCCUGCUGCCCUCGGGGGGGUUACACUGAGGGUCAAAAAAGCAGGACUGUGAGCGGUAACCGUUUUAAGCUGAGGGUUAAAGAAGCACACAUAGAGUCCAAUCAAACUGGGAGAACAUGAACUUUCUUUUGUUCCUUUCGACCACUCUGGCUCGGCAAUGGGACCAAAACUGAGGAGUGUGUGGGGGGUGGCGGGAGGCUAACAGUCGGGAAGACGAGCAAAAAAGCACGGAUGUAAGAGGAGGAAUACUGGAGCUGAACAGGAAGUCAUGUGACGUCCCACAGGAAGCCAGCAAGCCCUCCCUUAAAAACCCCUUCACAAAACUGCCAGGACUUCAGUGCUUUUUAAAAAAAAAAAAAAAAAUGCAAGCUACACUUUUCCUCGCUCUGUGCGUUGAGAUGUCACUGCAGUAAGUCUUUGUUUUUAACUUUGCACUCCAGUGUGUUUUUGUUUUUGGAAUCAGGGACCGGUGCCUCGACACGGCCGAGUUUACCCAACAGUAUUAAGAUGUGUUCUCUGUGUCUGUGACCUUUGACUUCUCCUUGUGAAACAACAGCGUCAUUGUGGCAUGUUUUUCAGAGGGGUGGGGGGGGCUGUCGGGGUGGGAUAGCGGGGAUCGGGGUGGGGGGGUCUUCACAAGCAAAAUGGUUGUUUUCCACUUGGCGUCGGACCACUGCUCUCUCUCCAGCAUUUGUACACAAGAGAAAGAAAAAAAGAAAAAGAUUUCAAAUUGAAAUUUUAGAUUUAACAGCCCGCUGUGUUGUUUGCAACUGACAGUGAUGCUACAGAUGAAGCCGGUUGAGAAGUCUCACUUUUAAAUGCAUGUUUUUACUGAAGCAAAUCUCCCGAAAAUCACUUUAACACUUUGUGUCUGCUGGCGUUGCUUUGCAUUCCUGGUUCAAUUUAGUUGCAGUUUAAUAAUUUGUAGUUUUAUAGAUGGUGACAUAGUAUAUUCUUAGAGUCUUGUAGAGACUGUGAGGUUGCUACGCUGUCCGUGAAAUAGUCCUGGGCUGAACAACGUCAUUUUUACACUUUGUUUUUUCAUUAAAUUCAGCAAACGAGAUGUUGAAUAGUGAGUUUUAAAGGUGCUAGUCGGCAGAUUUUGUCACUUUAAGACUGGCUAGCUAUUUCCCCCUUUAUACGCUAAGCUAAGCUUACCAGCUACCGCCUACGUGUUUAUUGCACAGACACGAGAGUGGUAUUGAUCUUCUCAUCUGACUUUCGGCAAGAAAACGAAUCGGCCUAUUUCCCAAAAUGUCCUACUAUUUCUUUACAAGGUUUUGCGGUAGCAAGAGCAAUUUUGCUCCAAAAUUCAACAGUCACACAGAGAGAAAUUCAUCACGGACCAGGAAUGCAUCAAACGUCGCAGGUUUAACAUGUGAAGAGUGUGAGAGAAGAUCUGAGGGAGAUUUCCACUUUGUCACUGCAGCUCUUUUUGUUCAACAUCUACAUGAAAAUUUCACAUUUAUUGUCUGCUGAGAUUUAAAGGAUUUGAGCAACACUAGAGUUACCGAUUGGGUAGAACACGCUAGAAACGUGCUGGAAGCACUACUAAUGCUUGUUAAACUCAUUAAUAGCUGAGAGCAUUAAUGUAAUAAACAUUAACUUUAACACAGUUUGCAGCUAAUAGUUUAAUAAUCCUGUAAACAAACUCAUCAUUUCAGAAGUUUUUUCCUUUUCAACGUGGAUUAAAUUAUAAAUUAUGAGCUCAUAAUUUGAUUAACAACAGAACAAAUGGAAGAUUCUGUUAACGGUUUACAUUUCAAAUAAUGUAACAACAGGAAAAAAGUCAUUAUAUUAAUGGUAGACAUCCUGUAUUACACUGACCCAUCGCCUCAUGAUGUCUCCCUCGGUAGCUUUUAAAUGAGGAAACCCUUUUUCUUCCCCUCAUACUGACAUUUUAUCACACGUGUCCAUGUAAUCACACAUAAGACUGCUGGAUUAUUCCACCGUUUACUGCAAACUGUGUCGCUAACAGCAGUUUUUUUUUACAUGAACAGCAGUGACAUGCACGAAAGGAGAUUUCUACAACGGCUAAAUAUUUAUCAUUGUAAAACUGUAAAACUUUUUCAAAUGUAUGAAUGACCUGAUUUUAUGUGAACAUGUCUGAACGCGCGCGUGUGUGUGUAUGUAUGUAUGUGUGUGCCUGAUGCAUGGAAGGCCUGCUGUGUUGUGAAUUCGACCUCUCUGAAACACUGAGCCUCCGGUGAACAGUUGGUGUGUGACUCUUUUUACUGGAACUAUUUAUUUCUCAUAACCAUCGAAAAAAGUAAAUUUAAUCUGUUUCAUAAACAGUCUGUGCAGCAGUCGUUCUUUUGAGUGUGUUACCAACUAUAAAAAGAAAAAUUCUGAAAAGUAAUUCAUUUUAUUCCAAAAAAAACCAACAUUUCUCUCAACAAAACAAGCAAAAUCACUGAGAAUACAUUUCCAUUAAUUUCUCUAUAAAAAAUAACCAGGAGCCAUUUUACAAAAUAAAAGCUUUUGUGCAAUUUUGACCUGGAAUGUCUAUUAAAAACCUGGUUUUAAAGCUUAAUACAUUUACAUACACAACUCUUAACAAUAUUGAAGGCACAGCUGGUACAAGGCUGAAAAGUACAGUGCAUUUAAAAAAAA